GGGAGGAGGAACUCCAGCUCUGUGGCGGGAAAGACUCCUGUGUUUGGCGCCAACCGGGAGCGCGGCGGUUGCCCGGGGGAGUCGGGUCACGUUAACGGGAUCGGGGUCGCUGCUGGGGCCGGUCCGGCUUCCCCCGGCUCCUCUCGGUUUCCCCCCUCACAGCAGCGGCCAGUUCUCCGCGGCACCCGCAGCGUCCCGGAGCGGUCGGCAGCAUGGCGGCGGCGGGCGUGCUGGAGGACGCGGAGCUGCGGGAAGCGCAGCGCGACUACGUCGAUUUCCUGGAUGAUGAGGAAGACCAAGGCAUUUACUCUAGCAAGGUCCGGGAAAUGAUCAGCGACAACCAGUACCGCCUCCUUGUCAACAUCAAUGACCUGCGGCGGAAGAACGAGAAGAGGGCCAACCGGCUCUUGAACAGUGCCUUUGGGGAGCUGGUCGCUUUCCAGCGUGCCUUAAAGGAUUUUGUUGCCUCUGUUGAUGCCACCUAUGCCAAGCAGUUCGAGGACUUCUACAUUGGGCUGGAGGGCAGCUUCGGCUCCAAGCACGUGUCGCCGCGGACGCUGACAGCCUGUUUCCUUAGCUGCAUUGUCUGUGUGGAGGGCAUCGUGACCAAAUGCUCUCUGGUUCGUCCAAAGAUCGUCCGGAGUGUCCAUUAUUGCCCAGCUACCAAGAAGACUAUUGAGCGCCGAUACACGGAUUUGACCUCCCUGGAUGCUUUCCCAUCCAGCUCUUUCUACCCUACGAAGGAUGAAGAGAAUAACCCCCUGGAGACCGAGUUUGGCCUCUCGGUCUACAAAGACCAUCAGACUAUCACCAUCCAGGAGAUGCCUGAGAAGGCACCAGCAGGUCAGCUACCACGCUCAGUGGAUGUUGUUCUGGAUGAUGACCUGGUAGACAAGGUGAAGGCUGGAGACCGCAUCCAGGUGGUAGGGACGUACCGCUGCCUGCCAGGAAAGAAAGGGGGUUACACAUCAGGGACUUUCAGGACUAUCCUCAUUGCCUGCCACCUGAAGCAGAUGAACAAAGAAGUCCGGCCUCUCUACUCUGCUGCUGAUGUGGCCAAGAUCAAGAGGUUCAGCAAGAGUCACUCCAAGGAUAUCUUUAACCAACUGGCGAAAUCUCUGGCUCCCAGCAUCCAUGGGCACGAGUACAUCAAGAAGGCCCUUCUCUGCAUGCUGCUCGGAGGGGUGGAGAAGGUCCUGGAGAACGGGAGCCGCAUCCGAGGAGACAUCAACAUCUUGCUGAUAGGAGACCCUUCUGUUGCCAAGUCUCAGCUGCUGCGGUACGUGCUCUGCACCGCGCCCCGUGCCAUCGCCACCACCGGCAGAGGCUCCUCUGGCGUUGGCCUGACUGCUGCUGUCACCACAGACCAAGAAACCGGUGAACGGCGCCUGGAAGCAGGGGCCAUGGUGCUGGCUGACCGAGGGGUGGUAUGCAUUGAUGAGUUCGACAAGAUGUCCGAUAUUGACCGCACAGCCAUCCAUGAGGUGAUGGAGCAGGGCCGCGUCACCAUCACCAAGGCUGGCAUCCAUGCCCGCCUCAACUCCCGCUGCAGUGUCCUGGCGGCAGCCAACCCUGUCUACGGCCGGUAUGACCAAUACAAGACACCUAUGGAGAACAUCGGCCUGCAGGACUCCUUGCUCUCCCGCUUUGACCUACUCUUCAUUGUGCUAGACCAGAUGGACUCUGAGCAGGACAGGGAGAUCUCGGACCAUGUCUUGCGGAUGCACCGCUACCGCAAACCCAACGAGCAGGACGGGGAUGCCAUGCCCUUAGGCAGUGCUGUGGAGAUCCUGGCUACAGAGGACCCCGACUUUGCGCAGGAGGAAGAACAGGAACUCCAAGUGUAUGAGAAAUACAAUGAGCUCCUUCACGGGCCCCACCGCCGCAAGGAGAAGAUUGUCAGCAUGGAGUUCAUGAGGAAGUACAUCCAUGUAGCAAAGAUGAUUAAGCCUGUCUUGACCGAGGAGUCAGCGAACUAUAUAGCAGAGGAGUACUCCCGCCUGCGCAGCCAGGACCAGAUAAACCCAGACAUCGCCAUGACCUCCCCUGUCACAGCUCGUACCCUGGAGACCCUUAUCCGCCUCUCCACGGCCCAUGCCAAGGCCAGGAUGAACAAGACUGUUGAUCUGCAGGAUGCUGAGGCAGCUUUGGAGCUGGUGCAGUUCGCCUACUUCAAAAAGGUGCUGGAGAAGGAGAAGAAGCGCAAAAAGCAGGCAGAGGACGACUCGGAGACUGAGAAGGAGGAUGAGGAGUCACAGCCCAAGGAGGAGCGCAGGACAAGGAGGAGAAAGAAGGCACGCACAGGGGACGAAGGGGACUCCUAUGACCCAUACGAUUUCAGUGACGCUGAGGAGGAAAUGCCAGAAGUUCAGGCACACACUCCAAAGACACCCGAAGCCUCAGCCACUGGCGAAGCCAAGAAGCCGGAGCUGGCUGAGCCGAGGUUGAAGGCGUUCAAGGCUCGUCUCCUGGAGGUUUUCAAGGCUUCCCAUGCCCAGUCCGUGGGUCUGAAGAGCAUGAUGGAGUCCAUCAACCGUGACAACCCUGAGCCCUUCUCGCAGGAUGAGGUGAAGGUGGCGUUGGCCCACAUGCAAGAUGACAACCAGAUCAUGGUGUCUGAUGACAUUAUCUUCUUAAUCUGAGCAUCUGGGUGGAAGAACCCAAAUUCUUGUGGACUGUCAGUCUGGAGACUCUUUGUGCUUGCCUUUAACUCCUGAAUGCUUCCUCUGGCUGAGCUGAACUUUGGGGAGCUCAAGUCUGUGCACUUUACAGUACUCCAUCAUUGCUGGCGCCAAAAGAAGCCAGGAGCUCUGGAAGCUCUCUUACUGUUGCUGUCUUCAGACUGGCUUAUUUGGGAAGAGGUUUGUUUCUGCAAGGAACCAAGAGGAAAAGCUUAGGUGCAAAGUAUCAGUGUUUUUAAUGUAUCGUGUUUAUCUUUGGUGAUAAUAGUUCCAGCCUUUGAAUAAAAAAAUGGAUUUAGGAAUCCAACAUUGAGUACCAGUGGUGGUAAGAAGCAGUAUGAGAGCUCCGCUAUUAGUAGUGAAGCUUUUAUUUUUCCCUUUUUUUUUACUCUUUUUCCCCAGCUGUAUAGCCCAGACCUGCUUGUCUCACAAGCAGAGAUGCCUGAUGCCUGCCCCGUUGGCUGUGACCAGCCUCUUCUCCCGCUCUUCCUAUCCAUCUUGUGGAGGGUGAUUUCUGGCAUUGGAGGGGUCAAGUAUAAUCUGACCUGCUGUUUCACAGCCCUGCUGGGAGUUUUGGCUCCGAGUGGGUGGGAAGGACCUGGAAUGCUCAGAGCUGCCCAUGGGCCGUAUCCCUGGUAGAUGGCUUUGGCUUCCAGCCUGGGAUUGUGCCCCUAUGACCACCACCAAUGGAAACCUGUAGUAAAGAAAGGCCAAAGCUAUGGGACCUGGGUCCUGCAUCUCCUGUAUGUCCUUAUGGCUGAGCUGCUGCAAAUCUUCAUCCUGUGGAAUGUAACCACAAACUACUGAAUACGAAAAACUUUCCCUUGCCCUUGGGGGAUUUGAACUGUCUUGCUCUCUGGGAACACAUAGGUGACCGCUGCUUGAGAACAGGCUGUUCCUAGAAACCAACAGGUUCCCAUGGCUGGGGUGGCUUUUAGGAAAAGCUGAACACACAGACCAGUGUUGGCUGCUUAUGGGGCCAGAGCUGCUGAAGGUAUGGGCUUAUCUUUCAAUUGCCUUUUUAUUGCUUCUUUUAUUUUCUUAUCCUGGUGAGUUUGAGGUCAAGCUUUGGAGGAGAUCCCCAAACUGCACAGGCUGUUUGCUGUUGUCACUGCCCAUCUCUGGGCAUCUGCACAGUUCAUGUGCUUUUAUUUCUGGAUGACUUAAAUAACUGAUUUGAAUAAUUAAAGUGUCUAGGGUUUGUCC